UUUUCAAUUUUUUUUUUCGUAUGCAUUUACAUAUAUUUGAAAAUGUAAAUGUAGGCGGUGUCUUGUAAACGAGUUUAUGAAGAGAUCAAAACAAAUUUGAAAGAACGAAAGAAAAAAUAACUUGUUAACCGUGAAUAUGAACAAAAAAUUCAAUUCGCCCAGUUCAUACUCGUCCUCGGAGACAAGUGAAACGCAAAGCGUUGAAGAAAAUCAAGUGAACGAUAGUAAUACUACACAAUCAUCCCAAAAUUUCGGCACAAGUAGAAUACCGAAAAGUUGGAAACGUAUGAAAGAUCCAAACAAUGAUAAAGACGCUGAAUCAAAACGGCCACCAUGGCGGGCUGUAAGCAUUUCGACUUUGCCGAAACCCGAUAAGAAUGCUAUUUUGAGAGCGAAACUUUUAGACGCCUCCAGGCGUUUGAGAGCUAGUAAGGUCGCAGUAGGUGUACAAACCGACACCAUACCAACGAUAAUUAUGAAAGAUAUUGGCAUAGGAGCGCAAACUGAUUUAAUAUUAUAUAAAGAAGUUGGUUUAUUGACCGAUGGUUUUUAUUCAAAACGACGUGACGGUACGGAGGAAUUUAUUUUAACAUAUUCCGUUUCGCUAAUGACGGACUGCGAAGAAACAUCGAACGUUAGCACUCAAACUCUUUUACCAAAGGUACCGGGUGAUGCUUUUCUUGAAGCUUAUUUAACUAAUCAGACGGGCAAUAAGUUGCUUUUAAAUCAAUGUUCGAAUGGGGAAAAGAAAUUGUUACAGCAAUUGGAAAAACUUCGUGAGACCCGUGAAAGAACUUUUGGAUUAACUGAAGAAAUUAAUCCUAAAGGUGAACAAAAAAAUGCUCGUUCAACUUUAUUGCCACCAAAAUCCACUAACUUGUAUUGGCGUUUCGAAGAUGAUAUCGAUGAAAAAGGCAAAUUCAGAUCUUAUACGAUCAAUGCGAAUAAACCCUGGAAUAGUUUUGUACCUUUUCCUUUGAAUAAAUAUCAACGUAUCGAUUGGGAUCUGUUGCUUGUUGCGAUUGAUGAAUUGAUACGUGAGUCGAAUCAUUUGGCCGAUAUGGUUGAAGAAUUAAUGCAACGUCAUCGGAAACGUCGAGAUUUAGAUCUAUUUGGUCCUUUGGUAACUAAUGUAACAAUUGAUGAAUUCAAGCCUAUAGAGCAUAAAAUGCCCUCCGACUAUUGGUUACCGAUCAUCGACGAACAGGAAAAGCAAUUAGACGACUUGAAAAGUUUUCGACCAGCAAAUAUAGCCGCUUUGGAGAAAUAUAUGGAGGAGAGCAAAAUAAUGAAAUAA